UUUCAGUUGAGUUUGGAACGCGUAACCGUUAAAACGUGCAGCGGAAUUUCAAGUGUCGCGCUGUUGAAUUCAAAUUGAAACGUUGUCGUUGCCGUUGUCAUUGCCAUUGUUGUUUUUGUUGUUGUUAUUAUUUUUGUUUAUUUUUUUUUUUCUCAAAUCAAUUGAUUUUUUUUUGUCGCCUGCUUGCCAUUCUCGGCUGUUGCUGUUACCGUUAGCCACGUUUUCGUCUUCGCCGCCAACAUGCAACGCGCACAACUAAGCUGCGUCCUGAUCCUGGCAUUCAUUGCUUACGCAAAUGCUUUGGCUGUUGGCACACCCGAAUGCCCCGAGAAGCAUGGCGUCCAGGCUUACGCCCACACCGAGAACUGUGAUCAGUUCUUCCUCUGCACCAACGGCACCUUGACCCUGGAGACCUGCGAGAACGGUCUGCUCUUCGAUGGCAAGGGCGCUGUGCACAAUCACUGCAACUACAACUGGGCCGUUGACUGCAAAGGUCGUCAGUGGGAUCCCACGCCCAUUUCGACACCUGGCUGUGAGUAUCAGUUUGGUCUGUAUGCCGUCUCGAAGGAAUGCUCCACCACCUACAUCAAAUGCGCCCACGGCGAGCCCCACGAACAGGACUGCGAUGCGGGUCUGGCGUAUGAUGAACGCAUCCAUGGCUGCAACUGGCCCGAUCAGCUGCUCGAUCACUGCAAUCCCGAGGCUGUUGUUGGCUUCAAGUGUCCCACAAAGGUUGAUCCCAAUUCGGUGGCCGCUCGCUUCUGGCCCUUCCCCCGGUUCCCCGUGCAGGGCGAUUGCCAUCGCUUGAUCACCUGCGUGGAGGGCUAUCCACGUCUGAUUAGCUGCGGCGAGGACAAGGUCUUCGACGAGCACACGCUCACCUGCGAGGAUCCCGAAUAUGCCAGCGGCAGCUGUACCAACUAUGGCAAAUAGUGUGACCGUAGUAACUGCAGCUAGACGAAGAAGAAGAAGAAGAAGAA